AUCGGGCACUCCGCGGCCGGGGCAGGGCUAGGAGCAAGGCGACGGGAAGAGAAGAGACGUCGGUUCGGUUCCUACGGUGGGCGAGGGACCCCGAGGGGGGUCAGCAAGAGUCGGCUGCCAAGAUGGCCCAGUGGAACCAACUUCAGCAGCUAGACACACGGUAUUUGGAGCAGCUCCACCAGCUGUACAGUGACAGCUUUCCAAUGGAACUCCGGCAGUUCCUUGCACCCUGGAUUGAAAGUCAGGACUGGGCCUAUGCUGCCAGCAAGGAAUCCCAUGCCACACUGGUGUUCCACAACCUCUUGGGGGAAAUUGACCAGCAAUACAGCCGCUUCCUCCAGGAAUCAAAUGUUCUUUACCAGCACAACCUGCGCCGGAUCAAGCAGUUUCUGCAGAGCAGGUACCUGGAGAAACCAAUGGAAAUUGCCCGCAUUGUAGCCCGUUGCCUAUGGGAAGAGAAUCGGCUGCUGCAGACUGCAGCCACAGCAGCACAGCAAGGCGGGCAGGCAAACCACCCUACAGCUGCAGUUGUGACAGAGAAGCAGCAGAUGCUAGAACAACACUUGCAAGAUGUAAGAAAGAGGGUGCAGGACCUAGAGCAAAAGAUGAAAGUGGUGGAAAAUCUCCAGGAUGACUUCGAUUUCAACUACAAAACCUUAAAGAGUCAAGGUGACAUGCAAGAUCUGAAUGGAAAUAACCAGGCAGUGACACGACAGAAGAUGCAACAACUGGAGCAGAUGCUGUCAGCACUGGAUCAAAUGCGGAGGGGAAUUGUGAGUGAGCUGGCUGGGCUCUUGUCAGCCAUGGAAUACGUGCAGAAGACGCUGGUGGAUGAGGAGCUGGCAGACUGGAAGAGGAGGCAGCAGAUUGCAUGCAUUGGUGGCCCGCCCAACAUUUGCCUUGAUCGCCUCGAGAACUGGAUAACAUCCCUGGCAGAAUCCCAACUUCAGACACGCCAACAGAUCAAGAAGCUGGAGGAGCUCCAGCAGAAGGUCUCGUAUAAGGGUGAUCCCAUUGUCCAGCACCGACCCCUGCUGGAGGAGCGCAUUGUGGAAUUAUUCAGGAAUCUCAUGAAGAGUGCAUUUGUGGUAGAGAGGCAGCCAUGUAUGCCCAUGCACCCAGAUCGCCCAUUGGUUAUCAAAACUGGGGUACAGUUCACAACGAAAGUGCGGUUACUGGUUAAAUUUCCUGAGCUCAACUACCAGCUGAAAAUCAAAGUCUGUAUUGACAAGGAUUCUGGUGAAGUGGCUGCCCUCCGGGGGUCCCGGAAAUUUAACAUCUUGGGCACAAACACAAAGGUGAUGAAUAUGGAGGAGUCCAACAAUGGCAGCCUCUCUGCAGAGUUCAAGCAUUUGACACUACGGGAGCAGAGAUGUGGUAAUGGUGGAAGAGCAAACUGUGAUGCCUCUCUCAUAGUCACGGAAGAGCUCCAUCUCAUCACUUUUGAGACCGAGGUUUAUCACCAAGGGCUGAAGAUUGACCUAGAGACCCACUCACUUCCUGUAGUGGUGAUCUCCAACAUCUGCCAGAUGCCAAAUGCCUGGGCAUCGAUCUUGUGGUACAACAUGCUGACAAACAAUCCCAAGAAUGUGAACUUUUUCACCAAGCCGCCUAUUGGCACUUGGGACCAAGUUGCAGAGGUGCUCAGCUGGCAGUUCUCCUCAACCACCAAGCGAGGCCUCAGCAUUGAGCAACUGACGACGCUUGCAGAAAAACUCCUUGGGCCUGGCAUCAAUUAUUCUGGAUGUCAGAUUACAUGGGCAAAGUUCUGCAAGGAGAACAUGGCAGGCAAAGGCUUCUCUUUCUGGGUCUGGUUGGAUAAUAUCAUUGAUCUGGUGAAGAAGUACAUCCUGGCACUCUGGAAUGAAGGGUAUAUCAUGGGUUUUAUCAGCAAAGAACGGGAGAGAGCAAUUCUGAGCACGAAGCCUCCAGGCACUUUCCUGUUGCGUUUCAGUGAGAGCAGCAAAGAGGGUGGAAUCACCUUCACAUGGGUGGAGAAAGACAUUAGCGGGAAGACCCAAAUCCAGUCAGUGGAGCCAUACACCAAGCAGCAGCUGAACAGCAUGUCCUUUGCUGAGAUUAUUAUGGGCUACAAGAUUAUGGAUGCCACCAACAUAUUGGUCUCCCCACUUGUCUACUUGUACCCUGAUAUUCCAAAAGAGGAGGCUUUUGGAAAAUACUGCCGUCCAGAGAGUCAGGAGCACCCCGAAGCCCCUGAUCCAGGUACAGUUCCAUAUCUGAAGACCAAGUUCAUCUGCGUGACCCCGACAACUUGCAGUAACACCAUUGAACUACCCAUGUCUCCCCGUACACUUGAAUCCUUGAUCCCUUUUUGUGGUAACGGUGAGGGAGCCGAGGGAAAUGCCAGUGGCCAGUUUGAGUCCUUGCGAGUCUUUGACAUGGAGAUGACCGCAGAGUGUGCCAACUCACCCAUGUGAUUGACCCAUGAUAGGCUACUGUGACCUGUUCUGGCUUCUUGGCAUGAAACAUUUCCUCUUCUUGCAGCACUGUGGAGCCUAACUCAGCCAGGCUCUGCUUGGGCAGGAGACAUUUGAUUGUGAGUCCUUCUCUAGCCACUCCGAGUCUGCCGUGGCAGGCAGCUCUUUACGUGAGCUCAUUUGGCUUGAAGAGAGGCUCUGCCACUUCAUUUUAGUUGGGGGAUAUCUAGAAUUAUUUUUCCUUCUGUAUAAAAUUUGAUUGAGGGGUGACUUAUUUUGUGAGAUCGAUCCAAGUGCCUCUUCGUGUCCCCUCAUCAGCGUUAUCUUUUGGCCUUCUGUGCGUGUUUAUCCUGCAUGUCACCAAAGGCUGCUUCUCCAACUAGUGCUAGCUAAGAUUCAGGUGUUUUCCCAUUACUGAAAUGAAUGGGCAGGCAGGUUUCAGCAAUGAAAGAAGAAACAAUAAGGGGCAGAGUCUUAGAGAUGGAUGCAUUUUUCACCCUCUCACCUUUGCUUUUUAAGACUUCUGAGACUGGUAGCAAGCUAAACAUAAACCCAGUACAACAGGCCUGCAAGCUAUGGGGAGACUGUUCUCCCAGGGAAAGGAUAGUGGCCUGGUUCCCUGAGCAUCUUGGAUGAUGCUGGCAGGCAUAUGGGAUUUUGUAAUGUGAUUUUUCUUGCACUCAUGUCAAUUUCAGCUUUACUGGUGGGGAAUAGUGCUUGGGAGAAAGUGGUGUCCCUAUGGCUGCAGAGCAGUUCCAUUCCGAUUUAAGCCCAGAUCACCCAGUGAAACCCCUGGGCUCACUCUCCUUGAGGACUCCCUAUUUAGGGGGAACUCUUACCUUUCACCAUUAAGACCACGAAUGCAGACACAGCAAAAGUGAGCUAAGAUUUCAACAAGUGGCUGCGGCUGCAAAACUGUUGCCAGCAUUUAGUUCCAGUUAUCUGUAGUUAUUGUCUAUUAUUUAUUACAUUUUUUUAUCCUGCCUUUCCUUGAAGGAGCCCAGGCAGUGCUGUCCCCCACCCCCACCCCUUCUUCCUACUGACCAACUCCACUUUAUCCUCAUGGCAACUUUAUGAGGUUGGUCAGCUGAGCGAUAGUGACUGGCUUAAGAUAUCCCCAGCCUGCUUCAUAGCUGAAUGGGGUCUUCAACCUCUGCCCCAUGGAAGACAUCCCACAGUUCCAGCCACUACAUCUUGAUUGUAUGUUAGGAGCAAACAGUAACUAAUAUAAUUUUUAAAAGUGUACCAGUAUUUCUUUUUCUCAUUCCAAGUUUUUGUUGCUUGGGCUAGCCCAGAACCCCCAAACCACGUGCCCUCCAGAACUGUUGGACUGCAACUCCCAUGAUCCAUAGCCUGCUGUCUUAAGGGAGUUAUUGGAUCUGGAGUCCCAAUAUAUCUGGGCUGCACCCAGUUGGGAGAUGCUGGGUUAGCCCAAUUUCUUUACUUAAGAAGGGUUGCCAUACAUCAGACUUGACUUGAUGGCACAUGAUGAUGGUGGUGAUGAUGAUGAUGAUAUAUAAUCAGCUGUAGUAUUCUCUGCCCAGCUAUUCUGUCUGCAUCCAUAUGUCUCCCUUGUUCUCCCAUUUGUGGCUUAGUGACUUAGCUCCAGCUAUACCUGAUGCUGCUAGUAGCUGUUUGCCUAUGAUAUUGGCAGUCGGGUUUAGGAAAUGGAAAAUCUGGAUGCUGAUACUCUAGCUGUAUGUCUGAGCUGUUGGGCUUGAGGGAGCCGCCCGGUAGGUCUACCGCCGAUGAGACAGGGUGAUAACUUCUUUGUUUCUCCACAGUAUUAUUUAGAAGGAUAAAGGGUUAUGCUGCUUUAAAGGGAGCGUUUGGGAGCUGUGGUCCUGCACAUUUGGAAGGCAACAGGUUGGAAAAGCCUAUUAUAACUGCUCCGCCUAAUGUACAGCUGCACUGGUUCCUUGAAUCUAACCAAAUAGCUUAUUUAUGCCAAAUUCCACUUUGUAUCAAGCUACUCCCCUCUCCUCCCUGCACCACUCGAAAACUUCCUUUUUCUCUGUAGCUAACUGCUCUCUGAAAGCAUAAUAAUGGUAAAAAUGUUUUAUAGAUUUUAUUGAUGUAUCUAUGGGCUUCAGUUUUCUCUUAAAUAAAUCCUGAUAUGACAUUU